AUGUUAUUUCUGUGUAACUAUGAUACUAUUUUGAAUGGCUCAGAUCAAGAAACAAUAAAGAAAUUGUGGUCUGGGAACUGGAAAAUCGAAAGCACCGAAUUGUGUAACAGUCUUUUAACUUCUGGAUUAAACACUGACACGUUAGCGGAUAUAUUUACAAAACGUUCGAAAGAACAUGGCUUUACCGAAGAGAUAUUAGACGUUGCUAUUAGUGCAUUUUUAACUUAUUGCCAUUUGAAUUGGAGCACUCUUCCUGAGAAACUCGAAUUACAGCAGUAUUUUGGUACAGAAUGGCCUUUAGAUAUAGACGUGUCUGUAAGACUGCAGCGUGAUUCAGAGCCAUUAUGUCCAAACAUAUUAUAUCCCGAAUUGCUAUUUUUCGCUUUACAAAUAUUUGACAGCCUAUCCUCUGUGGAAGAAAAUGUAGUGCACCUUUGGUGGUGUUUCCGUAGUAAAGUUACACAUCAAAGAGCUCUGGAGGAAACUAGUGCAAGCCUUUUUAAUGAGCUGGAACACAUCAUGGCAAAGUUAUCUAAUGAGUCUCAGAAAUUAGAUAACCCCAGAACUAAAGUUCUACUUUUCAUAGAAAUGGCAGAAGCAUGUCUAAUAUAUGGAAGAGUGCAAAAGGUAGAAGAAUAUCUACUUAAGGCAAAAGAAGUUGCUGGACUAAAACUGGAAUUGACUGGCAUCCUAGGAAAAAGGACAAAGUUUCAACAAAAUGCCUUACCACAAUUAGCUUUGACAAGUGAGCUGGAUUCAACUGUGGACCGUGAAUCUGCGGAAAUUAGCCACGGAAACUCAGAGCUACCCCCAGAUAUAGAGUUGCAAGAUGAUGUAAGAUUAAAUAAGAUACAAUUUAUUGAUAAAAUUAGUCAGGCCGAAUUACCAAGUUUGGAGCAGACAUUAUGUUUGCUUACUGUUCAGUACAUUCAAAUGUCCCGCCCGAAGGACGAUCUUAUGGUGGAAGAGCUGCAGCCGUACAUUGAAGCGGUGCUGUCGCAGCAGAAAGGGCCAUGGUCGACCAGAGUCGCUGCUCUACUUAUACGGUGUAAGCUGGAAUCGAAUCACAAACGUACGGUUGAACGGGCCAUGUUGCAAUGCGAGACGAUUGUAAACGAUAAAACAUGCGUCGCGGCUACAAGCAGAUUGUCUUACCUAUGGGCGAGCGGUCUGCCGCCUGCUUGGACCUGGCGUCAACAGCUGGGCGACCUGUACCUCAGCAUGGGCCUGGUCAAGGCCGCCCUGGAGGAGUUCCAGCGGUUGCAAUUGUGGGAAGAGGUCAUUGUGUGCUUCACCAUGUUGCAGCUACGCCAUAAGGCGGCAGAAGUGAUUCAGCAGCAAAUAGACAUAAAACCGAGCGUCAAGUUAUACUGUUUAUUAGGAGACGCAACAGAUGACGUGUCCUGGUAUGAGAGGGCGUGGCAGUUCUCCGAAGAGAAGAGCAGCCGCGCCCAAAGGCACUGGGGCAACUUCCUUUUCGACCGCAAGAGAUACGAGGAGUGCAUCCCUCAUUACGAGAAGUCGCUCGAGAUCAACUCUAUACAGGAGAGCGUUUGGGCGCGAUUGGGUUACGCUGCCCUGUCAAUUGAGAAAUGGGAGCUAUCGGCUACGGCCUACCGCCGCUACACCUAUCUGCACCCGAACAGUUUCGAGGCCUGGAACAACCUGGCCAAGGUGUACGUGAAGCAGGGCGAUAAAAGCAGAGCGUAUAGAGCACUAAUGGAGGCCCUGCGGUUCAAUUACGACAACUGGAAGCUGUGGGAGAACAUCGUGCUGGUGAGCAUGGACACGGGGCAUUUGGAGGACGUGAUACGAGGAGUCCACCGCCUUCUGGAUCUGCGGGGGAAGUUCGACGACGUGGAGGUUCUGGCUCUAAUGGUGCGCGCCUUCGCAGAGGGCGCGCAGGUCGCUGAUGCCGAAAGUGCCGCUAGGUUACGGAAACGUGGCCUUGAACUCUUCGGCAGAAUAACUUCUAUACACCAGAAUAAACCGGAACUAUGGCAGUUGUACUCAGACCUUAGCACUACUUAUUUACUAAAAGCGCAACGACUUUUGAAAGCUUAUAAAGGUUACACACAAACUGGAAACUGGUCUAACAGCCCGGACACUUGUGUCAAAGUGAUCGAGCUCGCGCAAAACCUACUAGAGUACAGUUUGAAAGCGAGACAAGACGUAGAAGAUAACGAAAAACACCAGGCUGACCAACAGUUAUCCUCUGCUCGUUUGACCGGACAGGCGGUCAUUAGAGCGGUGGAAAAGCAGGACUGGCCGGAAACGAAAACACUUCUUGAUAAAUUAAAAAAAAUAUUUGAAAUUGUCACAGAUUAUAUGAAAACAAUAAUG